CAGUUAGGUUAUCUCUGCUUCCAGACGGGAUCCCAACCUCCCCUGCGUUUCUGUGUUGGCUUUAUGAAAGCCAACUUCUUUAAAAGGUCUUUUUAAGCUCUUGACCAGGGAGUACUCAUCUUGACACAUCACUUCUCAGGGGACAACUGCCUUAGACUUCUCCAAGCCAUGAUUUUCUUCCUUUUUGCAAGACAAGAACACCAGAUACCUUGGAAUUAAAAGAACUAUCAAGGUGACGGACACUCAAAGCAGCUGGAGAUGGUACAACCAGACCCUUCCUUAUGGAUUGUGGGCACACUUCUACCAAUAAAUUGUCUGCUUGGAUUGAUUAAUGACUUCUGAACUGCUGUGAGAAUCUGAUGAAUGAUCUUUGGUUGAAGAACUGUCACCAAAACCUGAGUGCAAAUUACAAACUGCAGAAUUUUCCAGUUCAAGAAAAAAGGGAAAGAAACAGAUGUAAAUGAUCUCUUCUUGAACAAAAUGUUCUUUCCAGUGCCUUGGGUGGACUCUAGGAAGCCACUGUUGCUGGGCAGCCUCCUGUUGCUGAUGUUCUCACAAACAUUGGUUAAAAGGGCUAUGUCCCACAUCCUGAUGGAUAUGGCUCUGAAUUCUUUUGAUGACCAGUAUCUGGGAUGCAGAGAGGAGAUGAUGGAAGAACUGGAGCAAGGAGACUAUUUUCAAAAGGAAAUAGCUGCUAACAAGAACUAUUUGAGUCUCUGGAAGAAGGCUCAGGAGGCUUUGUUAAAGAGCCCUGUAGGUCUGCUGAGGGAGAUGCAUGACAGCCAUGCCAUAGUCCUCAUGGCUUACACUAUGAACUCUUCCCUGCACUCUCAGCUGAACUGUGCUACAUCUACAGCAGGAAUCUCUCCAGAGCACUACAGGCACAACUUCACUUUCAAAUAUUUUCACUUUUACCUAACAACUGCCAUCCAAAUAAUGAAGGAAUGGCAGAGCAGCAAGGAAAACAUGGGGAAACAUAAGUGCUACCAGGUGCACAGGGGUGUAAAAGGCUUAUAUAUUGAGGCCACGGUAGGCAGCAGGGUGCGAUUUGGCCGUUUCACUUCCACCUCCCGCCUCAGGAGUGAAGCCCAGAAGUUUGGGAAUGAAACUUUGUUCACAGUGACCACUUGCCUGGGAGCAGCUAUGCAAGGCUUUUCUUACUACACAUCUGAGAAAGAAGUCCUCAUUCCCCCUUACGAGAUAUUUCUUGUCAAAAACUUCGUUCAGACACAGGACGGUAACAGGCUGCAUCUGCAUUCGGUGGGAAACUACAGCAAGUACCACUGCCAGCUGGUGGAAGCUUCAAGAAGUAAGAACAGAGGUCUCACUCCCAUUGCCUCUGCCAUUCUUCAUAGUGUGGUUGCAGUUUCCAUGUGCUUGGCCCAUAAUCUUUGAUUCUCCGGCUGCAUCCAGAGUAGCAUACCCUCGAAUUGCAGAUAAGAAGAGUUCACAGGUAUUCAGUCUCUGGUGUUCCUGUUGCUACAGAAGGUUCAAACUUCCCUUUGCUUCCAGCUGUAACUCUCCAGCUAAGACUGGAACAUUCAGCCUCGUUCAUCAGAACAGACAUUCCCUGGACCCAUUCAGGUAGGACGAAUGCUAUCCACGGCCUUCCUGAAGACUAAGUCCGGGGUAACCUUCACUGUAGGUAGCUUUUCCCUUAGGCUUUCAGGAAAGACAUACAAGGACUUCAGACCCUUUAUUUAGUACCUUUAUUUUUAGUGACAAAGAAUAUGGCUUAUGGAUAUGAAAGGCACCACAGUGG